GCCUAUCUUUGACAGACGUAGAUAGUUUGUGUGGGUCGCUUUUAAGCUGUAAUAACUACCUUUUUUCCCCCUCCCAAAGUCAAAAGUCUGACAUCUUAAAGCCAUUAUUAUUGCACUAUGUUACAGUUCUUGGCUGGAUUCACCUUGGGCAACGUUGUGGGGAUGUACCUCGCUCAGAACUACGAUGUACCAAACAUAGCCAAAAAAAUCGAAGCGUUCAAGAAAGACGUGGAGGCCAAGAAGAAACCGCCUGAGUGACUGAACGUUGAAGGAUGUUUCCAUCAAGAAUAUGCACUCUGCAGAACAUCUAUUUAUUUCACAGGGUGGUGUAACAAUUGUACAUUUGAUAUACUUUAUAUGUACGGAGUAUAAUGACAGUGCCUGAAACAGGUUUCACAGAAAUGUUACUUUGUUACUUGUAUUUUUACAAGCGAGCUGGAUUUAAAAUGUACACAUUUGCUUUUGUAAAUCCAGUUUGUUACCGGCUCGGCACAUAUGUUCUGAUCGCAUGACGAAACAAUUUGAACGUAUUCAGCUUCCAAUAAAGUUGCUUUUGUUUUAGUUGAAGCAAAUGUAGACACCAAUAAAGGCACAAAUACUUGACUGGAUUAAAAAUCCCCUUCACUCAUAUUUACUUUUUCUUCCUUUUCUUGUUUUUUCUUAUUUUUCUCUUGUCCUUGGACAAGCCAUACCCUCUUAUCUCCAGGCAGGCGGCUGCAUUGUGAGCGAUGUAGUACAGGUUCUGCACGGCUGCAGCACUGAGGAAGUCCACAUCUGUUUUCAUGGCUUUGUCACCAGUAGACCUCUUGUCUGUUUUUGGAGAGCCAAUCUUCUUGGUGGGUUUCGAGCUGUGGGAUCUUGAUUUGGUGGCCUUUUAAAAAAAUAAAAAAAUAGACGACUCA